CCAAGGGCCCCUGGGCAGCGGCCCCGCUGGCCCGGUCCGUAAUCCAUCCCUGGUUCAAACCCUCAACCCUGAAGAUGUGAGACAGCAGAAUGCUACCCAGUGACUACCAUGCUAUCCCUGUUGCAUAUUUAAUGCAAGAUAAUUUGUAUGUAGACAUCUAAGAGGAAAAUUGUUUUAUUGUUGCAGUGUUACAUUUUCCUUUAAAUUACCGGGCUCCUUAUUCUAAUGCCUGAUAUAAUUAUUGUAGUCUGCGUAUCAGAUGUACUGUCAAUAGUUCUAUCUUCCAGGUGUGGGUGUAAUAAUAUUUAUGAUAAUUAUGUUCCUUCUGAAUUCCCUGCCUUGUACUUGUUGUUUUUGAUCUAGGCUCCAGACCCCCACGACCCUGCAUAAGGCAAGUGGGUAUGGAAAAUGAAUGAAUGAAUGAAUUAAUAUUUCAUCUGAAUAUUCCCAAGUCACAAAUUGUAUCCUAAAUGGAAACCCAGAAACUGUUUCUGCCUUUGUUAAUAUAUUUGUCACAAUAGGUUCGGAUGUGAACACAUAUAUUAAUAGACACAUUUAUACUAUAUUUUAGUAGAAUGGAAAUUAAGCUAUUUUUAGUCUGAUGUAGGUAUUACUCCAAAUGCUUACUGAAUGAACAAUCCACAGUGAAAUGGUGAAAUGGAAACAUAAGGAAAUGGUGGCCAUUUGAAAUGGUGUAUGCACUUUUGGAAUGGUACAUACUAUUUUGAAAUGGUAUAUUCACUUUUUCUGUAAAGUACGAACAAUUCCACUCCAACAUUACCAUGGAAUUCCCAAAAGAUGUAAAUCUAACAAAUUAUGUGGAACCUGAAAUUGUACUGGGAGUUUUUACAUGAAGCUGCUGAUUAGCUGAAAAGGUGGUAAUCAGUAUUUUAGUAUGGCUCUGGGAAAGGGUCCGCUUUGAAAGAACUAGAACAAGAAGAAAGAGAACAAAGAAGAACUUGUCUGUUAUUUUCAGAGGAUACUGUGAGUCUACAGCUAAAAGGAUUUAACAUGUUGGUGACAAUGAUUCCUAAUAAGAACAUGAAUCGUUAAGGUAAAGAAGGUAGCAGAACCCAUUCUGUUUCAGAGCACACAUUGUCCCAGUGGAGGCAUGAACAUACUCGAGUGAUUGCAUUUAUUUUGACCUCACAAUUAAGAUUUUAGGUAUAGCAUAACAGCUCAGUGGGCAGCACUGCAGCCUCACACCCCUGGGGUUUUGGGCCUCAUUCCUACUUUUGUUCGUGUGUGGGGCUGUACGAUCUUCCUGUAGUCAUAUGAUUUUUCUCCAGCUACUUUGGUUUCCUUCUGUUGUUUGAAACCGAGCAGUUGGAUGAAUCCAUGUCUCUGAAUCGCCCGUAGCGUGAGGGUGUUUGCUCUGUGACGGACUGGCAUCCCUCCUGGCCUGGUCCUUUCAUUCUGCUUCCUCAGACAGACUCCAGGCUCAUUGCAAUCCUAGGCUAAGUCAGCAGUAAUGUGAGACAAAUGGGUGAAAUUCUGACUAUGAGAAUUCUUUAUAAUGUGAAUUAAUUCUGGCUCCAAAUACAAUUUGUUACUGUAUUUUCCCGAGAUUAUCUUUCUUUAACAUGGGAUAGCACAUAUUAAUUAAAAAGUUCUACAUGAUAAUUAUAAUUCACCACUGUACACAAUUUUUUAAUUCGUGUAAAUUCUUAAGAUGUAUGGUUCAAAGGGUGAUAUUUAACUUCUAUUUCAUGAACUUGAUAAUGUGUUAAAUACUGGAUACAGUGUCAAUGUUGGAGGGAACAUUAUUCUCCAUAACUGAUUCCAAUAUAAAGGAGGGUGGUAGCUAUAACAUUAUAGCAUGUAGAACUUUAACUGUAAGGAGCUGCAGAUUCAGGUACAGCUGAAGGACAAUGACUCUUUGCCGCAGUACAGCAGCACCACGAUUUGUGUCAAACAUUCCAGAUCAGAAUGGCAAAGUAUUAAGUCUCUGCUGCCAAGCGAUCAGCCUUGCAUCAGUGGAGUACUUUAAUUGCAAAGGUAAUGGCAGUAAGAGCUGACAUAGGUCACAGUGCCCGAAUCUCCUUUAAAUCAACGGAGACAACAGGCAUCUCUGUUUUCACUGUACAAUCCAGGGGAAUUGCACACUAAACUUGCAGUGUCACUGCAGAAUGAUUCCAAAAUGACAGCUGGCGUAUCAUUGGAGAGCGGGUUCCUCCAACAAAUCUUGGAUUUCAGCCGCAAAGCCCAAGAAUGCCACCAAGAAAAGCAACCAAAAGCACCUAUUUAUCUGAUAUCACUUGUGUUAAUAUUUAAUAAGCAUAUACAGAAUUUUAUGUAAUAUUCAAGGAUAUGGCUAAAUACAGAAAACUAAUUUUAGAAAUACUUUUAAAGUUUGAUGGUUUAGGACCCAACUAAUGUCACGUACCACCCUUUCUAUUUGUAAAAAUAUGAUAGAUAUAUAUGUAUGAAUGUACAGUUGUUUGCGCUUCCUUGACGUGGUUUUAUACAAGAUAUUUUACAUCUUUUCGAAUGCAGGCCAACACAUAUUGAGCUUACAUGCCUUUAGGCGUAUUUCUCCACCAAUCAACAACUAAGAUAUGACAAUAAAAUUAACAAUAAAAUAACCAGAAUAAUAAUCAUUCAGAGUUUAAACCACGCCCCCUGGUGGAAAUUUUCAUAGAAUAAUGUUUAGCAGCAUUCCGUUAUUUUACUAGGCUGAAGUUAACCGGGAACUCAAUGCUGUUUUUACUAUCAGUUCAAACUGAAAUUUUAAAGUAUAAUAACGCGCUGUUUCAUUUAGUAGUCCCUACCUGUACAAUCUGUAGAUAUCGGAAAUUACUGAAAUGUAUACGUUUAUAAUAAACGGGCAUUAUUUCGCGUGUUUGACGUAUCUCUGGCGAUUAACAUAGUGCGCCGGCUCUUAGAAGGCAGUCCGUGUGUAUAAUAUACAUCCUCUUCAAUCAACUUCUAUUUAUUCUCUUCCUUUUUUGCCGUUCCGAUUCAGGAAAGAAUAGUUUUCUCCUCCAAUAGAACGCUGUCCUGUGUGUGGAUCCGCUCCCCCGCCCCUCGUGGGCCAUCACAGUUCUUCCAGCACUGUGGGCUCCGGGAGGAUGGCGUCUUGUUUGUACUUUUUUAUUUUCCAAAAAAAGUAGGGCGCUAUGAAAUGCCGUUUUCUUUUAACGCCACGUUCGGAAUAUCUGACACAAUGUAGCGUUACGGGAUAAUGGAUUGAUCGCUUCGUUUGCAGUUAUUUCAGUAGACUUUUCAUAAUGGAAUGUAGAAAAAGGAAACGGGCCGUGCGAUGGUUCGCCGUGUGCCUGUUUUGUAACUUUACGGACCUGUUUGUUGCGUCACUUGAACUUAGUUAUUCCGUAUCGGAAGAAUUACAACCCGGAGCUUUUGUUGGAAAUAUUGUUAAAGAUUUGGGACUGGAUGUUCGGAGUAUUUCCAAGAGGAAUCUACGAGUCGUUUCGGAUUCUAACGCCCAGUACUUUGAUGUGAACUCGGCCACCGGAGCGCUGGUAAUUAAAAAGACUAUCGACAGGGAACGCACAUGUGAAUUAAGUUCAACUUGUUCUCUGCACUUUCAGAUCGUACUAGAAAAUCCUAUAGAUAUAAACCGAGUUGUGGUGGAGAUUACGGACGUGAAUGACAACGCUCCGCAAUUCCCCAGCAAGAACAUCUCACUGGAGAUGUCCGAGGCGGCCGCUCCGGGGACCACGUUUCGGCUGCAAAGCGCACAGGACCUAGAUGUUGGUCUCAAUUCACUACGCACUUACUUUUUAAGUCCAAACGAUUGUUUUAUUCUAAAGGUCGAAACCAAGAGCGACGGCAGUAAAUUUCCAGAGCUGGUAUUGGAAAAAGCUUUGGACAGAGAAAAGCAAGGCGAAUUUCGCCUCUUGCUCACAGCAGUGGACGGGGGGAAACCAGAAAAAUCAGGUACUACUACGGUCAUUAUUAAAAUCCUGGACGUAAAUGACAAUGCGCCAGUGUUCGAUGAGCCAUUGAAAAGAGUAAGUCUUUUAGAAAACUCUCCUCCAGGUACUUUAGUCACUAAACUUAAUGCUACUGAUGCAGAUUCCGGUUUGAACGGGGAGAUUUCCUUUCUGUUUAGUAAGUACACGCCAGACCGAGUGCUCAGAUUGUUUAGUGUGGAUGCUAAAACCGGGGAGGUGCGCGUAACCGGCGAGGUGGAUUACGAGAAGGCGGAUGUGUAUGACAUCACUGUGCAGGCCCGCGACAGGGGCAGCCCGGCCAUGGAGGGCUCCUGCACCAUUAAAGUGGAAAUCACGGACGUGAACGACAACACUCCCGAGGUGACGAUAACUUCUCUAAACAGCCCCGUCAAGGAGGAUUCAGAACUGGGCACCGUCAUCGCGCUAAUUAACGUUAAAGACCAGGACUCGGGGAAAAAUGGGGAAGUGACUUUGAGGAUUCCUGCUGGAUUGCCGUUUAAGUUGAACUCACCCUUUCAGGGACAUUAUACUGUAGUCACAACUGAAGUGCUGGACAGGGAGACAGUGGCCGAAUACACUGUUGUAGUGACGGCUACAGAUUCUGGGUCCCCGCCCCUUUUGUCACAGUCAGCUUUCGUGGUACGUCUGUUGGAUGUAAACGACAAUGCCCCCGGCUUCUCCCAGCCAUCCUACACAGUGGACGUGACGGAAAAUAAUACACCAGGUGCACUGCUACUCACCUUGUCCGCGUCCGACCCGGACGUGGGCGAGAACUCUCGCCUCUCCUUCUCCAUCCUGGAUGGCAUGGUGGACGGUUCGCCCGUGUCCUCGUACGUGUACGUGGACUCGGAGACCGGGCGUCUCCAAGCUGUGCGGUCGCUGGACCACGAGCAGCUGAAAGCCUUCAGGGUCAACGUGCAGGUGCGGGACGGCGGCCUGCCCGCCCAGAGCUCCAACGUGACCGUGCACGUGUUCGUCACCGACCAGAACGACAACUCGCCCGUCAUCCUGUACCCGCCGUUCCCCAGGGACGGCAACAUGCAGCUGCGGGUCCCGCGGUCUGCCGGGGCUGGCUACCUCGUGGGCAAGAUCGUGGGCGUGGAUCCGGACAGCGGGCACAACGCCUGGCUCCUCUAUAGCAUCGCGCCCGGGCCGCACGCCAACCACUUCCGCAUCGGCCCACACACUGGCGAACUGACGACAGCCCGGAGGCUGAAGGAGGAAGAGGAAGAGGAAGGCUCCAUGUACAACUUUGUGGUAGUGGUGCAGGACAACGGGAAGCCGUCGCUCUCCACCAGCGUGGCGGUCAGCGUGACCGUAGAGGAGAAGAGCUCUCAGGCCGCCCCCGAUACUAGGAGGACGGCCAUGGGAGGGGGCAUGGCCGACUCCAUCCUCUACCUGAUCGUCUCCCUGGCUAGUGUGUCAGCCGUCUGCUUCGUGACGGUGGUGGUGUUGGCGGUGCGCUGCCUGCGCCGGGGCGCUGAUCCCGGCUGCGGUACCUGCUGCGAAGACUCCUGCUGCUACAGCCGCCGCAGCCUGCGCUCCCGACAGGCCCAGCAGCGCUCCCACAAGAACCUCCAUCUGCAGCUCAACACCGAUGGGCCCAUCAAGUAUGUGGAGGUGGUGGGGGGUCCUACAGACCCCAACACCCACACCUACAGGCCCUGUUACUCCACCCUGUCGAGCCGCAGUGACUUUGUGUUUGUCAAGACGCCCAUGCUGAGUCACAACAACACACUGAGCAUGACGCUCUCCAGAAAACACUUAAUCGCUGCGCAAGAGCAAAAGCCCCCCAACACUGACUGGAGGUUCUCCCAGAACCAGCGACCUGGACCUAGUGGUUGUUCCAAACUAGAAUCCGCAGAGCUGAGAUGGACUUCAAAUAAGAGAACCAGAGCUGGCGUUCCACCUGAGGGGGCCGUGGGAACCGGACCCUGGCCCAACCCGCCCACUGAGGCCGAGCAACUCCAGGCUCUCAUGGCUGCUGCCAACGAGGUGAGUGAGGCCACUGCCACUCUGGGACCUGGGACCAUGGGCCUAAGCACCCGCUACAGCCCCCAGUUCACCUUGCAGCACGUGCCCGACUACCGUCAGAACGUCUACAUCCCGGGAAGCACCGCGACCCUGACGGCCAACCCCCAGCAGCAGGCCCUGCCUCCGCCCCAGGCCCAGGCUCCGCCCCCGACCCAGGCCGAGGCCCCCAAGGCUGCCCAGACGCCUGCCAGCAAGAAGAAGUCUGCCAAGAAGGAAAAGAAGUGAGGGGCAGCGGAGAUGAGCUGCAAGGCGAGAGGCAGAUGUCCACGUGUGAGGACAGCCGAUUUCAUUCUUUUUUUGCCUGAUUUUUAUUCGUUGUUAGGUCGGUGUUGCAGAGUGAUGUAGUGAGUUUUCACAUUUCCGGACCCAUUUCUGCUUCCUUUUUUUAAACUCACAAGCUAACCUGUAAUGUGCAUUUAUCUUACUAUAUGAAUAUAUCAUGAUUUUCUUUUAAUGCUGGUGUUUAAGAUUGGGAGGGAUUGGGGCAAUGAAGGCGGAUCCUCUCGCAACAUUAAAUCCAGAGGGAUUUUUAUGAGGUAAAGUUCAAAUGAUAGUUGAACAGGGAUGUGAUCUCUUUGCCCUGUAACUCAGUAUUAACAAUGAAAUUUUAUUUUAUUUUUUUACUUACCGAGAGUGACGCUGACAUUUCCAUUGUUUUCACGAGGCGCACGGUGGAUGCUUUUCGUGGUGGAAAGAGCGACGUUUCGGCUUAGAUGAUGGACAGGCAGAUACGAUGGUGUGUAUCUGCAGACUGAGAACCACAGAAGCUAAACUAUGCAUUGCAGGUGGGGGAAAUGGAUUUCAAUUGGUUGGAGAUUCUUGUCAGCAAUCAAAAAAAAAUUAGCAUUAAUACAUAGCAAAAAAAAAUGCAUAUGUCUUGGUAACUUGGAGAAGACUUUUGGCUUUAAGAUUUUUUUUUUUUAUGUCCUAUUGCUUCGAGAGGAACUUGGAGCAGUUUCAGUGCUGGUGGAUCAUCCUGUCGCUCUGCGUGAGGGGUGUGUGGGCGGGGUCUCCGUUGCUCAUCUCGCUGAACGCAUUAGCCGCUUCGCAUCCCAGUCUGCUGCAUGCUGCCCGAUCUGACCGCACGCAUCCCCACCGUGAGCCCGAGCUGCUCCGGGGCAGUGCGCUAAACGCAUGUAGCUGAGCACCCGGCAACUGGAACACACAUCGCACGCACCAGUGGGCAGCACUAGUGUAGCAGGGAGCUGUCCUGCUGUAGGUUAGGUAUAGCAUAGCGCUAGCUAGCAUAGGGCUAAGGGACACUGGACCUAGCGUAAUUAUAGAACUCUACAAUGUUUAAUUAGGACUCAGGAAGGGUUUUGGAGCCAAGGCUGUCGGGAAAGUCCGCGCGGGACCAGAAGCCCACACCUAAGCAGAUACUGGGCCUCGUCUUGGUGCAGAAACCCGGCAUUGGGCCAAAAGACCCUGUCGCCUCCGUCCACCUGAUCACAGACAGCACUGAGGCCUCUCCAACACACCAUUCCGAGUUUGUAACCGUUUCCCCCCCAUUCUACCAUUGUGCCCCCCCCCAUGUAAAUAUUACCAUUUCUCUCCAGAGCCAGAUGUCUGUAUGAAUCACAUUUAAUAAUUCGAUGUUUAAAAAUGAGCCCUUUUCAGUGUGGCUUACUACUGGAAUGUGUUACGUUUUUAAUUUAGAAAACGGGAAAAAAAAAAACUGAGAUGUUCUUCAAUCUAAGUGUAGUCAUGUAGUAACUAAGCACCCAGAGGACUGAUUAACCCCCCCAGUGUAAAUAAGAAAAAUAUAGAGUAGAAACCUGUGACUUGUGUUUUCUCAAUUUUAACUAAGACAAAAAAAAAAAAAAAAAGCAUUUGUAUCCAUAUGAAACUUAUUUCUGUGUUUGUGAUUUCUCUUUUUGUGUUUGUCCUGCUGGAAUGCCACUAUCAUAGACAUAAAUAUAUAGAUGUGCGUGUGCUGAUAAGCUUGUCCAUACUCUACAGGAAUAUCUUUCUAUAAAAUGCUUAGAUCAGCGCUCAUGUGUUACACUUAUUUUAUAUGCUAAUAUUUAUGUUGCCGUUCUACUUUUUCUUGAACACUGACAUUUCAAAUAAAAAGUUCCUCUGAAAUGUU